AUGGCAGCCGUUCCCGACGAGGAGCUCUACGCGUAUGCCGACCGCCUCAAGGACAAGGUAGUCGUGAUCACAGGCGCUGCAAAUGGAAUCGGUAGGGAGGCCGCUCUGCAAUUCGCCAAGUAUGGGGCAAAGGUCGUCAUUGGCGAUAGAGAUGUCGAAGGUGGUGAGCAAACUGCGCAAGCUGUAAAAGCAGCGGGCGGCCUUGCUGUCGCAACCAAAUGCGAUGUCACAAACUGGGAUGACCAAGUCCAACUGUUUGAACUGGCAAUUGCGACGUACGGCGCUGUCGAUAUCGUUGUCCCGAAUGCUGGUGUGACGGAAGGCGUGCCAUUUGAUGCUGUCAAACUGGUAGACGGCCUGCCCACCAAGCCAAAGCUCACUACUCUUGAUGUGAACCUGACUGGGGUGGUUUACUCUAUCCAUUUGGCAUUGCACUACCUCAAGUUGAAUCGUGUAGAAAAAGAUUCCCUGAAAGCUCUAAUUAUGAUCGCGUCUUGGUCAGGUAUCCCCAAAGCUCCUCUUUAUACGGCCUCUAAGCACGCCGUUCUCGGCAUUAUGCGUGCCAUGCACCUCUUCCUUCAAGCAGAUAAUAUCAGAAUUGGAACGAUACAUCCCUUCUUUGCUGACACGAACAUUGUUCCGGUGCCCAUUAAGCUCCUUCUGGCAGGGAUACCAAAAGCCCCAGUCCCUAGAAUAGCCGGCGCCAUCUUGCACGCUGCCAGCAACCCAUCUGUGGAGUCAAAUGGCUCUGCCUGGCUACUAACAGACAACGGCCCUGUAUUCCAAGUUCCAAAGGAGCAAUUUAAAGAAGGUGUUUACGAAAUGAUUGACGCAAGGGCUAAUCGGUUACUGAAGGGUGGCCAAGGGAUCGCCUUUUAUUUCAACUUCGUGCGCGAUAUCGGCAGAAUAUUCGGGAAACAGUUGGCCAUACUUGGUGUUGGAGCGAUCCUUGCGAAACUAGCUUACAACAACCGUGAUACACUCACGAAGCUGUCAAAAUAA